AUGAAUUUCACAAACUGUACAACAGAAGCCAGUGUGGCCAUUAAAUCCAAAUCAGUAACAGAGAAGAUGCUUGUUUCUAUGACUUUGGUGGUAAUCACUACCAUGACCACACUACUGAACUCAGCAGUAAUUAUUGCGAUCUGUACCACCAAGAAGCUCCAUCAGCCUGCAAACUAUUUAAUCUGUUCUCUGGCUGUGACGGACCUCCUGGUUGCCAUUCUCGUCAUGCCCUUGAGCAUCACAUACAUCGUCAUGGACAGCUGGACCUUGGGUUACUUUAUCUGUGAGGUUUGGCUGAGUGUAGACAUGACCUGCUGCACCUGUUCAAUCCUCCAUCUCUGUGUGAUUGCCUUGGAUAGGUACUGGGCUAUCACCAAUGCUAUUGAAUACGCCAGGAAAAGAACUGCAAAGAGGGCUGGAAUGAUGAUACUCACAGUGUGGACCAUCUCAGUUUUCAUUUCUAUGCCUCCUCUGUUCUGGAGAAGCCACCGUCUUCUCAGUCCUCCACCUAGCCAAUGCACCAUCCAGCAUGACCACGUGAUCUACACCAUUUACUCCACACUCGGGGCAUUUUACAUCCCCUUGACUUUGAUCCUGAUUCUCUAUUAUAGGAUCUACCAUGCCGCCAAAAGUCUUUACCAGAAGCGUGGCUCCAGCCGCCACCUAAGCAACAGAAGCACAGACAGCCAGAACUCUUUUGCAAGCUGCAAGCUGACCCAGACCUUCUGUGUGUCUGACUUCUCCACUUCUGACCCAACCACAGAAUUUGAUAAAAUCAACACCUCAGUCAGGAUACCUCCCUUUGACAAUGACCUGGAUCAGACUGGAGACCGCCAACAGAUCUCCAGCACCAGGGAACGAAAGGCUGCUCGCAUUCUGGGACUGAUACUGGGGGCAUUCAUUUUGUCCUGGCUGCCAUUUUUCAUCAAGGAGCUCAUUGUAGGCCUGAGUAUUUAUACUGUGUCAUCUGAAGUGGCUGACUUUUUGACGUGGCUUGGUUAUGUGAACUCUCUUAUCAACCCUCUACUUUACACAAGUUUUAAUGAGGAUUUUAAGCUGGCCUUUAAAAGGCUUGUCAGGUGCCGGGAACAUUCCUAA